AUGCUUCGCUGGAUACUACUGGUCAUCACCUUUGCUGCAGCCCUUAGAGCUACCCUUUCCCAGAUAAAGAUGAUGGCAUCUGGUCCUAAGGAAGGGAAGGUCUCCAGCUCAUUCUCACUCACCUGUACUGUAACGGGAACACCUCUGGAUAGCCCUAAGUAUGCCUGGAACUCUGUCCGUCAGACCCCAGGAGGGCAGCUGCAAUUUAUAGGCUGGAUCUAUCCUUUUGGGAAUAACACAGGCUAUGCCCCAACGUUCCAAGGCCGAGCCAACUUUUCUGCAGAUAAAAUCAAAGGCAAGAACACCAUGAAGCUGCAUGACCUUACAGCCUCGGACACAGCCACCUACUUCUGUACCAGGCAGAACACAGUGGGAGAACUGCUUGUGGCAACCGACAGACUUGUGUUUGGGACUGGAAUCCCUCUCUCGCUUCAGCCAAACACUCAAGAAGGAUCUGCCCCAGAAGUCAUUGUGCUCAAAUCGAAGGAGCCCAAACAACAUGACAACAAAGUCAACGUGGCUUGUUUGGCAAGGACUUUCUACCCUAAGAACAUCAGCCUUGAUGUGCCCAAGGGUGUCGUGGUGUAUGACCUGAAGGCACCUCUUGUCACAUCUGAGGGGACAUACAGUACCACGAAGGUCUUUGCAGUGGAGCCAGACACAGAGGUGACCUGCAGGGCUCAGCACAGAGGGACCAAGGGUGAAGACAGUGUGAUCCUGGCAGAAGAGAAGACUGAAGGAUUUGGAAGAGUUAAUGUUUGCAACCUCACAGAUGCCUCAAAAAAAGCAAAUGUCAAAAUGGAGAAAAUGAAUAUGCUGUUUAUGGGGGUUUUGGGGUUGAGAGUUCUGCUGGCAAAGAGCAUCAUCUUGAACACACUCAUGAGUACCAAGCUGUUCCUCUUCUGA